GGCGACGACGUUGACGUAGGAUUUCAGGGGCCAAUGCAACGUCUGCGUACAAGAAUGGUUAGCAGGUACAGUAGCAGUGUAGAGAGGGAGUCAUGUUAGCUGUCUGUGUUCUCUCGUGCUGUAGUCUUUUACUAUUCGGUGGCCGCGGGCAAUGGCCGACAGUAGUAUUCCCUUGACGGCGCCUCCGCUCGUGCUAACAAACGGCGGCUAGCAAACAGUGUGUGUAACUCCUUCGAAGCUCUUGUUGCUGCUGCUGCUGCUGACUGGCGCUGUCUGGCGCUGACUGUCGUGGUGGUGCAGUCACUGUGUGGAGCGACCGAUACAACAGUUUGCUGUUUAUUGUUUUAUCGGUCCAAACUGAAGUGUGAAUUAAGUGUACCUGGCUCCAUGUGAAGACACUGUGAGAAGAAGCUAACUACUGCACACUGAUCUCGUGCUUUAAGCUGCUGCAGCAAGGAACCAGUCCUUGGAGCAUUCCUACCGACCUCUGCACAACCGAGAGACACGCUGAUCAAUGUUAGGACCAAUCAGAAGAUAGACUAGCCUUUAAACACGCCAUCAGCUCCUUUUCUCACCCACCUAUCGGGCCCCUGAGGGCCACCCUAAGCGGGUGUGAUGUCCGGCAACAGGCCGCCUACCAGGCACAUGCUGUUGCACCUCCUGUCACCAUUCCGCACCCGUCAGGAGCAAGUGGUGCUGGCCCGCAGUGAGAGCCUGCCAGGAGAGCAGGUACUGAAGGUCACAAUCACAGAGACCAUAGUGCUGGAGGCUGAGUCCGGGGUGUGGAACUGGCGUUCUUUGACCUACUUGAGCUUCUGGUACUUCUUCAGCUUCUGCACCCUUUUCCUCAACAAGUACAUCUUGUCGCUGUUGGAGGGGGAGCCCAGCAUGCUGGGUGCUAUUCAGAUGGUGUCCACCACAGUCAUUGGCUGCCUCAAGAUGUACAUUCCCUGUUGCCUGUACCAGCACAAGACUAGAACUGAGUAUCCCUCCAACUUCAUCAUGAUCAUGCUGUUUGUUGGACUCAUGAGGUUCACCACAGUGGUUCUGGGCCUGGUGAGCUUGAAGAAUGUGGCAGUGUCGUUUGCAGAGACAGUGAAGAGCUCAGCACCCAUCUUCACUGUCAUCAUGUCCAGGCUGAUUCUUGGCGAGUACACAGGACUGUGGGUAAACCUGUCCUUGUUCCCUGUCAUGGCCGGCCUGGCCCUCUGCACAGCCACAGAGAGUAGCUUCAACAUGCUUGGUUUCUGCGCUGCUCUCUCCACCAACAUCAUGGACUGUUUGCAGAAUGUGUUCUCCAAAAAGCUGCUCAGUGGAGACAGAUACAAGUUCAGCCCUCCUGAGCUGCAGUUCUAUACCAGUGCAGCAGCAGUCAUCAUGCUUAUUCCUGCUUGGGUGUUCCUCAUGGACAUUCCGGUGAUUGGGAAGAGCAGGCGGAGCUUCAUCUUCAGUCAAGACAUUAUCCUGUUGCUGCUUUUUGACGGCUUCCUGUUCCACCUGCAGAGUGUCACAGCCUACGCUCUCAUGGGACGGAUUUCCCCUGUUACCUUCAGUGUUGCCAGUACUGUCAAGCACGCUCUAUCAGUAUGGCUGAGCAUCAUCGUGUUCAGUAACCACAUCACCAUCCUCAGCGCCACUGGCACUGUCCUGGUGUUCAUCGGCGUCUUCUUGUACAACAAGGCCAGACAGAUCCAGAGGGAAAACUUACAGGCACUGGCUGCUGAGCAGAACCAUAAACCACUUCCGGAGGACCAGAAAUUCCAUCCCUCUCCAUCUCACUGACGACAAAGGUGCUUUGAAAGGGAUCAAGUGAAAACAAAACUAUUUGAUUUUAGAUUGGAUGACUGGAUAUGUACACACCGCAGUUAAAGCAGCUCAAUGCAAACUUUGACAAGCAACAACAGGGCUCUAAUCACAAGCCAUGUAGAGGUUCAGUGCAUAGGACCUGCACCUGGGAGUAAAGGAAACACAUCGAUCUGAGGUAUCAGAUGAUUUAUAGAGAAAAUGAAAAUAAAUGCAGUGGUAUAUUUUUUAUUCUAUUUCUGUCAACAGAUUUCUCCUAAAUGCUUCACAUUAGAGAUUUAUCCUUUUAAAAAAACAGUCCCUUCAUCAGAGUGCUGAAUACGCAGUCCCAGCAUUGUCUCCGGACUGGAAGUGCUGUCGCUGUAAUAAACAUGGCAUCAUACAAAUCUGGUUUGUACAGUAAAACAUCAGGACUGUGUCUGGGUUUUACUGACUUCUAAAGACAGACUUUACGAGGUUUGAAACAUUUCUACAGUUUGGCGUUUAAACCCCCCCCGGUUCUAUUCUGUGUCUUUCUGUUGUGACUGGCUUGGCAAAAGUCACUGGUCUGACUGGACUUCCAAGCCGUCACACUGGUCCUGUGGAAAUGUUCAUCGGUCCCUGUGAUGAGGACCUCAAAUACACUCUUGAUCCUGUGCUAUGUUGUGAGCUAGUUAGUUAGUGAACAGGAAAGCUCAGGGUGUCCUUCAGUUCUCUGAAGGAAGUGACUUCUGUAAGGUUUUUGUCUUACUUUUACAGUGUUUGCUCAUUUUGUCGCCGCUGAAUGUAUGCGUUCGUGGAAAAAACCUGAUGUGACGUGUGUCGUACAAACCUGAAACGUCUCGCAAAGAGGGCACAAGUGCCAGAGGUAUGAGGUUUUAGGAGCCUUCGACUGGCUGUUCCACACUUUUUAACCACAUUCUGCAUUCUAGGAAUGCUUUUCAUCUAUCAUGAACUGUUGCGCAUAUUUAGGCAUUUAUGUGCCUAUUCUUUUUGUAAACUGAUAUACGCUCUAUAUUGCAUGUUGGGAUGGCAUCCAUGAUUAGUUAAACAGGCUUAGAAAGGAUUUAUAAGUUGCUGUUUAUCCAUAAUAAUAAUAAUGGGGCUUUUGUUGUUGUUUGUUUUUGGGAGCUUUUUGCUUGAAUCAGUUAUGACUGACAACCAGACAAUCAAAUAAGUUUUAGACAAACCCCAAGUUCCCAAAACUAAUAUUAAUGGUGAAAUAAAUACACACAAGACGAAUACAGUAAAAGUUUUUUUUAUAAUUUCUUAUACAGUAAGAAAUUGCACAUAGCAUUAUCAGAGAUUAAGUUGUUUCCUUAAAUAUUCUCUAAAUUUGGACUGUGAAAAGACAGUGGGGAUGGUUAGGAGUAGGAAUCCAUUCAACUUAUUUAAUUAUUAUUUUACUGUGGAAUGUCCAGAUAUCUUUUAUGGAAAAUUUAGCUAUAUUUUACUUUAAUUUUCUCAAACUUUCUACAGAGAAAUAACUUGAAACUUGAUACAAACAGUGUGGGGCCAGGACAAAGAGUCCAGUGAAAGUUUUUUGUCAGGUUUGAGUGUUGAUUUUUUAAUGAAUAUUUUUGAACUACUCUGUUCACUAAACAUUUUGCAUUUGCUUACUGUGAGUGAUUAAUUCAUGUUUUGUUUUUAUCCACAAAUGAAUUGAAUUGAAUUGUUUGUGAAGGAAUCAACAGAUGUAUUGAUGGGGCCAAUGUCACCAUGUUCCAUUCUCUCAGGUGAUUGCUGUGUCAUUAACAAAUAUGAAAUCCUGUUGAAGUUGACCACUUUAAUUAAACAAAAAAACUUCAUGACA